AUGCUGCCGAGCCCUGUGGCCUCCACCCCUUUCUCGGUAGAUGACAUCCUCAGGCUGGAGCACGAGCAAACCGACUCCAAGACCCCGUCACAAUGGGGGUUGCAUAGGAACCCAGUAAAGCCUCAGUAUCUAAGAAGGAACCCGGAAUCCGGAGGGUCAGAGAGUGGCGACAGGGCACAAGCAGUAACUUUUCGGUGCACCUGGGAGACAGUCCUGGAGAUGAACUCGAAUCCUGUGAGGGAGCCUCAGACUCCCCCGGGCGCUAUCUCCUCACUUGGAGCCGGGAACCCGAUGAUGGAUCGCGGCGUGGGCAACCUGAGCGACGACGUGCGCCGAGGCGACCCGGGUCCGACCAAGACGCGACCACGGCGGAAGCCCCGCGUGCUUUUCUCGCAGGCCCAGGUGCUGGCCCUGGAGCGGCGCUUCAAGCAGCAGCGAUACCUGUCUGCACCCGAGCGGGAGCACUUGGCCAGCGUGCUGCAGCUCACGUCCACGCAGGUCAAGAUUUGGUUCCAAAACCGGCGCUACAAAUGCAAGAGGCAGCGCCAGGACCAGACCCUGGAACUGGCGGGCCACCCGUUAGCACCGCGCCGGGUGGCAGUGCCCGUACUGGUACUGGACGGCAAGCCCUGCCUGGAUCCCGACACACCCGCAUUCCCGGGUCCCUACGCAGCCACCGCGCCCUAUUCCUGCUUCGGCGGCUACGCGAGCUCUCCCUAUGGUGCUAGCUAUGCGGGCCGCUACACCGGCGCCGGCGCUGGCCCCGGGCCACUCACACCACUGGCCAGCUCUGGUUUCAGCCCAAGUGGCCAAAGUACGGUCCCGCAGGGCCAUUUGCCCGCUACGGUACAGGGAGUCACAGCCUGGUGA